CUCUCACUUUGUCAUACUCGUUGCAUUAAAGCAUGCGCUAAAAGCAACGGGAAUUCCCUCUUUCCUCUUAUAUACCGAGCUUAAGGUCACCUUGUAUUCAGUUAUUCAUCAGUGUGGUAGACAGUGUUGGAUUUUCCUGUUUUCCGACGAUUUUCUCCUCGAAUCGACUCUGAACCGGCUUGUCAGUUUCAAGUUAGGUUCCUCAUCCAUUGAAGAAACUUUUCCCGAGAGAAGGUUUUAAAAUUGCAAUCAAGAUGGUUAAUACCAAAGAGGCGCUUUUGUCGAUGAUCUCGCAGCCCGCUGAAGAUUCCGGCAGUAAAGUCACAGUGGUGGGCGUGGGCCAAGUCGGAAUGGCCUGUGCCUUCAGCAUCCUGUCGCAGGGAGUAUCCAGUGAAGUUGUAUUAGUGGACGUGGUUGCCGACAAGCUAAAAGGGGAAAUGAUGGAUCUUCAGCACGGCGCCUUGUUUCUGAAGAAUGCCAAGAUUGUGGCUGAUACUGAUUACGCCGUCACUGCUGGAUCCAAACUUUGCAUUAUCACAGCUGGAGUGCGUCAAAAGGAAGGGGAGUCUCGUCUGGAUCUGGUGCAGCGCAACACGGACGUUUUAAAGCACAUCGUGCCCAAGCUGGUCCAGUAUUCUCCAGACACCAUUCUGCUGGUGGUCAGCAAUCCAGUGGACAUCCUCACCUACGUGGCGUGGAAACUCAGCGGUCUGCCCAAGAACCGAGUAAUUGGAUCUGGCACCAACUUGGACACAUCCAGGUUCAGAUUUCUGAUCUCUCAGAAACUGGGAGUUGCGCCCAGCAGUGUUCAUGGCUGGAUUAUUGGGGAACAUGGCGACUCCAGUGUGGCGAUUUGGUCGGGCGUGAAUGUUGCAGGAGUGCGGCUCCGGGAAAUUAACGCCGCAGUUGGCACUGAAAGCGACCCAGAAAACUGGAAGGACAUUCACAAGCAGGUCAUCAUGUCCGCUUACGAUGUGAUCAAACUCAAAGGAUACACUUCAUGGGCGAUCGGGUUGAGUGUUGCCUCAUUGGCCUCCAGCAUUUUGAGGAACUCCAAUAAUGUUCAUGCAGUUUCCACUUACGUUAAGGUAUGUACUUUUGGGUUGUUCAGUACUAAUUGGCUGGAUGCUUGCUUUAUACAGGGUUAUUCACGCUAUACGGCACGGACGUUUGCGGCUAGCCCGUUUGUUUUUUGCAA